AUGUCAGGAACCCCCAAAAAUUUCGCGAUGCAGAGCCUCCCUUCGCCGCCAUUGUGCAAUCCAGGCAGCAGUGGUCAUCCGUUCCUUUGUGCCCGAAGAUGCGUCUAUGUGAUGAAGAGAGGCUGGUGCCAUGUGCAGUCUUGCAAGUACUGCCACCUGGACCACUAUCUGCCCGUGGUGAAGCUCAACAAGCGGCAGCGUCAUCUGCUGCAACGGCUCGACAGGAAAAGCAAGAUCGACCUGCUACUCGCAGCUUUUCGUAGAGGGCUGCAGCGUGCGGGUCUCACCGAUCAGGCCGGAAGCUUCAUCUACCUCCUGGAAGACGUGGCUUCCAUGCAGCCGGAGCCAGAGGCUCCAUUAAACAAGAGGCGCAUCGACGACUUGCUCAAGGCUCUGAAGCGCAUGACCCUCAACGACAACAUCACGGCCUUCGAGGAUGUCCUUCCAGAGCAGGUGAUUCAGUCAUUCCAGGACUUACGCCGAAGCCUUGCUCCGACAUGUGAUGCCCCAAUGACCAUGUCUUCCAAAGCCGAGCGCUCCUUGAAGGAAGCUCUUGAAGAAUUUCCUCUUCAGGCUCCAGCCCUAACAUGGCUUCUCUGA